GCAACACCAUGUUUAUUACCUAUAAUCAAAUCAAAGAUGAAGAAACUGGUGAAAUUAUGCUUAAAAUACCCACUAACAUUAAGUUGCAUGUAGUAGAUGAUAAUCUUAUAAGUAAAGUUCGGGAAAUCCUAACUGACAAACCUACUUUGCUUUUUUUAUUAGACUAUAAUCAUCCGCAACGAAGAUUAAUAGGAGGGAAUGAA